UGGGGCUGGCAGGAUUGGGAACCAACAGUCCCUAGCAACCAGCGUAGUUUUGCGCCACGCGAGGUGGUUGUGUGGUAGUAGUGGUGGGUAGGGGCGAGAGAGCCUUUUGUGCACUUUUCAACACUUGCACCCAGAAGGUAGACAGCGCCUUGGCAGCUCUUUCCUUCAGCAGCUUCCCCACCUCACCCCCGGGCCCGGAGGCUCCAGCUUUGGCCACUGGAGGACUCCCAAACCCCAAGUACUCUGGCCAGACCCCAGGAGGUCGGAAAAUGACCACCUGGCAGGCGUUGGACGCUCCAGCUACCAGGCGACCGUAGGCCCUCAGGACUCCACGCUGAGCCGCGCCCUCGGGGCGAGUGAGCCCGGGGCGCGUGGCUCAGGGGGAGUGGAGAGGGGAGGGGGAGGCAGGAAGGUUGGGAGGGAAAAGGGGGGGAGGCGGUGCGGCCGCCUUUCCUGGGUGGAGAAGCGCGGGUUUCUGGCUCUCCACGCGCACUGCUUUGAUCAGACCCGUGCAGCCUCGAGCUGGAGUGGCCAGCUGGGCCUGGAGAGAUGCGAGCAAGCCCCCGGGAACGGUGGCAACGGCGGGGCGGCGGCCGAGUGAGUGAGUUGGGCCAGAGGGCCCCCAAACCCCGAUCCCCGGGAUGUGGCCGAGAGAACCCCAACCUGGGAGGCGCGGCCUGGAGCGCGCUGAGCUAGGCGCAGGACGCUCAGAAGGACCGCUGGCUGCAGGCUACCUGGGUUGUCGCCCAGUGCGCGACUCCGCGAUCCAGAGACCGCGGCCGGACUCUGGAGCGGCGCUCCGCACCGGACUAGGUGACCUCAAGAAGAAGUGGUCCGGGGUCCCAGGCGUUGGGGGCGGGCAUAGGGUGGGGACAGCAAGGGGGAGGGCGACGGCAGGGCGCGGCUGGUUGGUGUCUGGGGCGGGAAGCGCGCGAGGGAGGCGGGAGGCUGGAGUCGCGCGCCUUCGAGGUCCCAGCGCGGACGCCGCAGCCCAUUGUGCGUCCCGCUCCGCGCGCUCUGUUGCAGAGGAGCCCCGGCCGGGACGUGUGGACCCGAUUCUCCCCAGGCCGGGCCGCGUCGCCCGCUCUAGUCCAGCGGAGCCCGAGCUUCUCGGACCAAUCCCCGGUGAUUAUGCAAGAGAGCCGACCAAUCAGCUCCAGCAGCUCAUGAAUAUUUAUGACCUUGGCUGAGUCAAAGCUUUGAACCGAGUUUGGGGAGCUCGGCAGCAUCAUGCUUAGACUUUUCAAAGAGACAAACUCCAUUUUCUUAUGAAUGGAAAGUGAAAACCCCUGUUCCGCUUAAAUUGGGUUCCUUCCUGUCCUGAGAAACAUAGAGACCCCCAAAAGGGAAGCAGAGGAGAGAAAGACCCACACCCAGACCCCGCGAGAAGAGAUGACCAUGACCACCAUGCCAGAAAGUCUCAACAGCCCCGUGUCGGGCAAGGCUGUGUUUAUGGAGUUUGGGCCGCCCAACCAGCAAAUGUCUCCUUCUCCCAUGUCCCACGGGCACUACUCCAUGCACUGUUUACACUCGGCGGGCCAUUCGCAGCCCGACGGUGCCUACAGUUCGGCCUCGUCCUUCUCCCGACCGCUGGGCUACCCCUACGUCAACUCGGUCAGCAGCCACGCGUCCAGCCCCUACAUCAGUUCCGUGCAGUCCUACCCCGGCAGCGCCAGCCUCGCCCAGAGCCGCCUGGAGGACCCAGGGGCGGACUCCGAGAAGAGCACCGUGGUGGAAGGCGGUGAAGUGCGCUUUAACGGCAAAGGGAAAAAGAUCCGUAAACCCAGGACAAUUUAUUCCAGUUUGCAGUUGCAGGCUUUGAACCGGAGGUUCCAACAAACUCAGUACCUAGCUCUGCCUGAGAGGGCGGAGCUGGCGGCCUCCUUGGGACUCACACAGACUCAGGUCAAGAUAUGGUUCCAGAACAAACGCUCCAAGUUCAAGAAGCUGAUGAAGCAAGGCGGGGCAGCUCUGGAGGGCAGCGCGCUGGCAAACGGCAGGGCCUUGUCUGCCGGCUCCCCACCGGUACCACCGGGCUGGAAUCCGAACUCCUCAUCUGGGAAGGGCUCCGGCAGCAGCGCUGGCUCCUACGUCCCCAGCUACACGUCAUGGUAUCCCUCAGCGCACCAAGAAGCUAUGCAGCAGCCUCAACUAAUGUGAGGUUGUCAGUUCGCACUCACCCGCUUCCUACCCGUCUCCCUUGGCCUGGCCCUCCCGCCACCAGGUUAAUCUACCUUUUCGCUUGCCCUGGGCCGGGAGGAGAAGGGCCCAGGGGCGGGGGCGGGAGGGCUAAAAAGAAAAGAAAAAUGAACAGUGAAGACAGAGGGCUUGCUGCCUCCUCAGAGCCCCUAAAAGUCUGGCCCAGCGACUUUUCAGCUCUGGCUCCGAACCUGGUUUGGGCCACGGUGACAGCAGAGUGGCCUCAAAGCGCAGGCACAGCCACUGGAGACAGCCAGUGCCACAAGACAACCCGCUGGACCCGACCAGACUUUCAGCUUUG